CGACGCUCACCCGACUUCAUCACCGCCCACGGAAAUGCCUCUUCUUUUGUCACUCCCCGCUCGACAUCGCUGGCUGAUAAGAAUAUACUACACUUAAUUCGAAAGAUUUAUACACUUAGCCCAGCUCAGAUCUACGAUGCCCAUUAAUACUCCCCCCUAGAUACCCUACCAUCGAUACUGAACCGACUGUCAUGGAUGGCCAGACGGCUACGGGACAGCAGCAGCAGAAACGUCCCCGGGUUUCGGAGGAGAACAGGAAACGAGCUGUUCGAGCAUGUGAUGGCUGUCGAAGGGUAAAGGAGAAGUGUGAAGGUGGUGUGCCCUGUCGACGGUGUCUCCGCUAUCGCAGACAAUGCGUUUUUACUCAUUCCGAUCAGGCUGAGAGGGCUCGAUCGUCGUCUGUGUCUCUCUUGGAACGAGCUGCAAGUCUCAGCCGACAUGAAAUGGCCGAGGCGGAACGAGUCCGCUGCAUGGAGCGGAUUCUGGAGUAUUAUGUCCCCAACAUCACAUUCGAUAUCCAGUCGCUGCGAAAGGCGGCCGAGGAUUUGAAGCAUAAACAGCGUGCUUCUGACUCGGGUGGUCCUUCGACUCGAGUUGAUGGGGAUGAAGUCGAUGAUUUUGCUAUUGAGGACGAGGACUUUACCAUCAAAGCCUUGCCGGAUAAUACGACACAAUAUUCUGGAGAGUUCUCAUAUCUCAAUUUUUCGAUGAAGAUUAGCAAGAAGAUUGAUGAGUGGAUGAAAGCUGCUGCACCAGAGGCAUCUACUGAAACAGAACCGUUUGAGGAGCGAUGGCGUGCUACUCAACUACAAUCUGGCACAUCGCAAGUUUCCACUGCUAUCACUUGUCUUCCUCCUCGAUAUGUGGCCGAUUUUCUGGUCCAGAUCUUCUUCAGAUACGCACAGACCAAUAACUUCUAUGUGGAAGAGGAUUGGCUGCGCGAUAAGUUGCACACUUGCUAUACUAACCCUUCUAGCCUCUCGUCUGACGAUGCGGGCUCUGUUUGUGCUAUUUUGAUGGUUUUGGCCGUUGGAACACAGUUUGCUCAUAUGGAAUCAGCUACUCCUGUCAACAAGCUGUCUGCGAUGUCCACCACAGGAGAAGACCAUCGCUUCUCUGAAGAUGAAGUCGGUUUGACCUUUUAUCAAUUCGCCUCGAAGCUUCUCCCAGACAUCAUUGCUACCGCUUCAGUGCGGAGUGUGCAGGCUUGUUUACUUAUCGGCACUUAUCUACUACCUCUUGAUACCUCGGGUCUCUGUUAUACCUACUUUGGCCUGGCUCUUAAGAUGGCCAUUCAAAAUGGAAUGCACAGAAGAUACCGGGGAGAGGGGCUUUCUCGCCGAAUGGUAGAGAUACGAAACCGAGUCUUUUGGACAGCUUAUACGAUAGAAAAGCGUGUGAGUAUACUUCACGGUAGACCGGUUUCAUUGUCGGAUUCAGAUGUCGAUGCUGCGUUGCCAGUCGAUUUCCCAGGUUUGAUGCCGGCAGGGCAAACGUCCAACCACACCAACAUGGUGACGUUGAUCACUUUAACUCUGAAGUUGGGAGAGGUCUCCAAUGAAAUAUCUUCGUUACGAAAAUCUCCGAAAAGCCAACAGCAAGAUUGUCUCGAGAGGUUACUAAACUUACGAAAGCACCUCAUCGAUUGGUGGAGCACCCUACCAGAAGAGAUGGAUUGUAGAGAUCUGAAUCCAGCUGGUCCUCAUUUCCGGUCCAAUGUUCAUUUAAAGUUGGACUACUGUCUGACAAGAAUCUUUAUCGGACGGCCCUUUUUAUUCAGCAAUAUCAAGGGUAUCAACCAAACUGUUUCCCAAGGCCCGCCGUUCAAAAUGUCGUCGGGCAUAUCGAAGAACCGGUCUACACUUGUUUCGGACUGCGUUGAAGCCGCACUUGAGAUCAUUGAUCUUUGUCGACUUCUCCGUGAUGAAACUGGCCUUGCUCGAGCAUCCUUUACAGAGUUCAGCUCAUGCCGCGCUGCUCUCCUCGUUAUUCUAGCACAGAGUUUAACCAAACGAACCGAGCGACUCCGCGAAGCAAUUGAGAAAGGAAUGGCUCUGAUCAAAAUCAUGUCGAUGGGAGUUGGCUCAGCACGAUCCGCCGUCAGCGUAAUCGAAGCCCUUGAGCGCGCCAUCCGCCGACUCGAAGACUGGAGCGAAACCCAAGCCCAGGGAAGCACCGGCGCCGUUGAGUCCGCAUACGAUCGGUUCAAAAACUGGGAAAUGCUCUGGAAAACCGGCCCAAUCUCACCAGAAACCGUCCCUUUCCAAGAACAAUUCGCCACUGGGAUCCCAGUCCCCAUCACACCCAUGACCGGCACCGACAGCGGCAACGAACCCCUCGAAGGAAGCGAUGUCGCAAAUGUAGACACCAUUGCAGGCUCCUCUGACUUUUCCACCCCCCAUCCUUUAUCGCAGAUGCCGCAUUUCGGAUUCGAUCAUUUCGUCUCUAACUUCCCGCAGGAGUUGGGCGAGUUUACUGCGAUUCCUUGCUUCGAGAACGAAGCGCAGCAGAAUCUUGCAAAUGAGAUGAAGAAUACCGAUACCAGGUGGAUGCAAUUUAUGAAUGAUUGAUCCAUAUAUUUACUUAUUUCUUAUUAUCAUCAUUAUUGUUUUUUGAUACUGUGGCACUGGUGUUGUGUUGUGAUUUGUAUAGCGCGUGUGAUAUUUAUGGGCGGCAGUUUUUUGCAUACGGUUUUUAUGUCGACAGUAUUUGGACAUUCAAC